CCUGUUCAAACAAGCCAGCUCUCUCCUCACUCAGGUGGGGCACUGAGCGCUGGCGACUGGCAUUCGUGAGUUUCUGCAGCCCUGAGGCGUGAGGACUUCUGGCUUUUGGCGUCGUCUCAGAGCCUGAGCUCAGACUGGCAGCACUGAAUGGACAGAACAUGGGGUCAGAUGAAGCCUACAACUUUGUCUUUAAGGUGGUUCUAAUAGGGGAAUCUGGUGUAGGAAAGAGCAAUCUGUUGUCCCGCUUCACCAAAAACGAGUUCAACCACGACAGCCGUACAACCAUUGGAGUGGAGUUCAGCACACGCACAGUGCAGCUCAGUGGCUUCACCAUCAAGGCCCAGAUCUGGGACACGGCUGGGCUGGAGCGAUACCGGGCCAUAACUUCUGCGUACUACAGAGGUGCUGUUGGAGCCCUGCUGGUGUACGACAUCACCAAACACCUCACCUAUGAGAGUGUGGAGCGCUGGCUGAAGGAGCUGUACGACCAUGCUGACCCUCACAUCGUGGUAAUGCUGGUGGGCAAUAAGACUGACCUGGAGUCAGAGAGAUCCGUGCCCACCGAGGAGGCCAAAGACUUUGCAGAAAAGAAAGACAUUUUGUUUCUGGAGACCUCAGCCUUGGAGUCGACUAAUGUGGAAGCAGCAUUCACUAAUGUCUUAGCAGAGAUUCACAAGAAGGUGAGCAGUAAGGAGGUAGUUCGAGGCUCCAUCAGCGCAGUGUCCCUAAAGAGCCAUGGAGCAGAAAAUGCAGAGGAGAAGAAACCCUGCUGCAGGAACAUCUGAUCACACCGGCCCUCAGGAGACCCUCAGGGUGGGAGCCUCCUCCUUCACCCACAACCCUGAGCUACAGUUUUCUGAGAGGCAUCCGUCACAGCAACUUCAAGUGCCAACAGAAACUGGCACUGGUUUAUGUGACUUUGACUGAUUUGUUGGCCCGAUACAUUCAAGAGAUGAAACCAACAUCAGAGUCCCUACUUGCUCCUGAACAAAGGUCAAAGGUGCAACUGUGUUACUUGUAAGAUUAUUUUUAAUCCAUGCAGAAAAUUGGAGACACGUCAACACAUGUGAUGUUUAAAAUAUGCAUGGUUGCUUCAAUGCUUCUUCUUUAAAUCAGCCGCUAGCUGUUGGAUCUUUGACAUGGACUGACUGUGAGUGUUGCUAUCACUGCUGAGCAUGGACUCCAGCUGAUGACCCACGAUGAGACUGAUUGCAUUUCUGUUGAGAAAUAAAUGAUUUAUGGAGACAAGCCACCCACUGUGCAUAUUUAUGUCUUUUAAAAUACAGGAAUUUCACAGAUGCAUUUUGACACUGGAAAAAAACAGGUGUAAAAAGAUAGAAAUGAGUGAUUAUCUGCUUUGUGCAUACUUGGACGUCUGAAUAAAACAGAGCCAGUGUUGAA